AUGUCUUCGCCCCCUGCUCAGGCCGUCUCUCGAGGGCAUGACUAUGUGCCCGCCUCACCAGAAGACAGCCGUAGUCCGUGUCCUGGUCUAAACGCUCUCGCCAACCAUGGCUAUCUCCCUCAUCAUGGUCGCAACUUGACCUUGUUUCAACUCGUAAGCAAGAUCCGCGAGGUCUACAACAUGUCCUUCCUCCUCGCCAUCAUCCUCGCCAUCCCGGGAAUCUGGCUAUGCGGAAACAUAUGGCGUCUCAGCCUCUCCCUCGAAGACCUCGCCAAACACCGCGACGGACUGGAGCACGACGGAAGCCUCGCACACACAGACGUCCCUCCCGACUUCCUCUACGCUCCCAGCCCACCUGAUCAGACCAAGCUCAAAGAACUGAUCGAUGUCUCCUCUGAUGGGAAAUACAUCACGUUUCAGGAACUCGUCGGUCGACGUGCCGCUUUGGACGCCCAGCUUAGCAGGCCGUUUGGGUUCUUUCAUUCGCUGGUGGCGAAGUUGGAAACUGCGAUGUUGUACAACGUUUUGUCGAUGGGACAUGCCAAAAAGGAUGGAAAGGUUCCGACGGAGUUUGUCAGGCAGUGGGUAGGCGAGGAGAGAUUCCCGGAGGGCUGGAAGAGGCCGGAGAAGACGAUUGGCGCGUUCAAGAUUUCAUGGACCAUCUAUGAGGUUUGGCAGUUGAUGAAGAGCGUCUUUCAAACCAAGCGAACGGAGUAGAGCUAUCAAUGUUGAUAUCACAUAGGUAUUAUUUAAACAAC